AGUGCCAGUGUCGAAGAGAGGAACACGCUACGAUGGUUCUUAUCAAAGAGUACCGUGUGGUUUUACCCUGUAGUGUUGAGGAGUAUCAAGUGGGACAGCUGUUCUCAGUGGCUGAAGCAAGUAAAAAUGAGACGGGUGGCGGUGAGGGCAUUGAGGUACUCAAGAAUGAGCCCUAUGAAAAAGAUGGAGAGAAAGGACAGUAUACACACAAAAUCUACCACCUGAAGAGUAAAGUCCCAGGGUUUGUCAAGAUGUUAGCCCCCGAAGGCUCCUUGGUAUUUCAUGAAAAAGCCUGGAACGCCUACCCUUACUGCAGAACCAUUGUGACGAAUGAGUAUAUGAAAGACAAUUUCUUCAUUAAGAUUGAGACGUGGCAUAAACCAGACGUUGGAACACAAGAAAAUGUGCACAAACUAGACAGGCCCACAUGGCAGGAUGUCACUGUUGUACCCAUUGACAUUGCAGACAGAAGUGUGUCCUCUGCUGACUACAAGCCAGAUGAAGACCCCGCCAUAUUCAAGUCAGUGAAGACCGGCAGAGGACCCCUGGGUCCCAAUUGGAAGAGAGAGCUAGCGAGUAAGACUGACUGCCCAAAGAUGUGUGCCUACAAACUGGUCACAGUCAAGUUCAAGUGGUGGGGUCUGCAGACCAAAGUGGAAAACUUCAUCCAUGAGCAAGAAAAGAGGAUCUUCACUAACUUUCACCGUCAGCUUUUCUGUUGGAUUGAUAAGUGGGUGGAGCUGACUAUGGAGGACAUCCGACGGAUGGAGGAAGAGACACAGAGGGAGCUGGAUGAGCUCCGCAAACGGGGUGAAGUACGAGGAACCAGUGCUGCAGACGAAUGAAAACGGGACACUGAUUUUUUAAAACGACCACGAUGACAGCAGUGAUGGAGAUCGCUAAGAGGGCUUCUUUGGUGCCACUUUUUACCUUAACUGAUUCAGGCAGUGGAGGUGGGGUGGGGUGGGGGGGUUCUCUGCUACCUGCAAUCUAUAGAGCAGAUCCCUGACUUGCACCCAAUCAUAGACAUUCUAUCCACUGAGGAAUUGAUUUCUAGAAACCAACACGAUCCUAGCUGAUAAGACUCUGGUUAUUUUGAUCUCCUGGGCAGAGAAAGGCCAGCUAUCAGCAUCAUGUUAUUGACAAGACUUAGGCUUCUGGAUAGAUAUGAAGAAGAGCUACUUGUGAUUAAAGAUAAUUCUUUUUACAGCAACAAAUUCAUUGGCUUGAAUCCAGUGGCAGGUGUUGGACCAAAUAUUUCUUCUUGUUAUUUUGGCAAUUUGUGAUUUUUUUCCCCCCCUCCUUUUAUAUCUCCAAAACAUUCCUCUCAAGAUGAUGCCCUGUCUGACCUUUCUUUGUCUUCACAGUUUUAACUGUACAUACUGUGGCUCAGUGGUUUGCAUUCCCUGGCAUGAGUCUGUCUGUCAUACUCAUGUUCCUUCCUGCCACAGCCUCCAUUAAGAGAUUACUAACACCCUUGGCGCCUUGGCCUAUUGUAAUCCUUCCCCCAUCACCCCACCUCACCCAAAGCACUGCAUCUUAUUAACUCUGACAAUCAUGUCUGUGCAGGUAUUCACUCACUUCCACACACACACACACACACACACACACACACAUGCAUAUGACACAUAUACAUCAGGCACAUACAGAUAAACAUGUGAAAUCAUUCUCACAUACACACUCACAGGUGUGGAUGCCUUUGCGGUGACUGAGCUCUUGAAAGCUCAAGCUGGGCAGAUCCAUGCAAGCUUGAUCAACCAAAGGAUGUUACUUUGGAUGUGUUUAUAGCUCUCACUGAUUUUUUUUUUCUCUCUCUCUCUCUCUCUCUCUCUGACUCUGUCCUUUCCCCGACACACUCCUUAUCCUUAUUCUGAAAACAUUCACACAUAACAUACAACACUGCAUUCACCUCCAGAACAGAUGUCCCCAGAGAAAAACUGCACUGAAAAACAGCCACAGAUGGUGCUAUACCCCUCCAGCCUCUGUCACAAACUAAAGCGCUCACCCCGCCUCACCCAGCCCACCCCCAGAGGCCUGUCUUACUCAUCUGGCUCUCCGUGGUAGAGCGGGGUUUCCAAAAGGCCUCUUGCCUCUCUGCUUCAUCCUAGGUGUGUUUACAGAUUCAUAAAAAGCCUUACCAGUGCCCAGUCGACACCAGCACCACACACUGCUUGCCUUAAUCUCUGGACUUUUGCACCUAUUGGACCUAUUAUACCUGUUUUACCUCUGCUGCCAGCCGUUUGCUCUAGCUACCUCCCUCGUUUCUGACCGUCAAUUUCCCCCCGACACCUAAAGGUUAGCACUAGCUAUUACUGUAGCUGCUACAUGUUGGGAGUAAAUCAUGGCAGAGCUUUAUGAGCGAAGUUGUCUGUGAUAACUCUGUUUUCUUGAAAGUGUAGAAUUUCAUGUGAUUCCCUUUUAUGUUUCCCGAUACUGUACGUGUCACUGCGCCUCAGCAGGUGCAGUUCCUUCAAGCAAAAAGUUCUCAAGUCAGAAGAGUCUGUGCAUCUUUUGUUGCUGCAGAUUUACAUCUCUGCCUCAGACCAGCCAUGUGAUGGAUAUGCCAUAUUAAUGACUCUUGACUUUCAACCUCAUUGUGUACUCUCCCCCCUGUAGGCUUCAGAAUCAUGGGGCACUGGCCAACAGUGUUGAUCAUCACUAGUGUUACAGUAUACAGUACAAGUGCUUUCAUCACUUGAUGCUUACUGGUGUUUUUUUUUUUUUUUUUUUUGUGCGUGUGUAUGUGUGUGUCAAUGUCUGUCAAAUAGUUUAUUAGGAAUUGGGAGUUUGUUUUCUUAGAACUGUUUAACCUCAACCAUUUCCCCCAUAUUUUCCUUUCAAGACACAGAUGUUGUAGUGUUGUUGUUGUUUUUUAAUUAUUAUUAUUUUCUGUAAAUCUAAUGAGGGGGAUUUGAUCACUUUUUCUGUAAUGGGUUAUUUGCAUGUCCAAAGAGCGUGAAUGGAUUUCUGAUGUGUUUACAUGUAUUCAGCACUUGCAGGCUAGGAAAAUAGGAACAUUUGAAAUCAACUGUCGGAGGCAAAACUUCAACAAAACAACACAAGGAUCCUUUUUGAUAUUGUUGCUCAUUGGUUGCCUCAGACAAUUGAUUUCCUUUCACCAUACCGUGCGCUUUCAGUGGGGAACAUGGCAUUACAGUUUCAACGGGAUGGGAAGUGGUUGUCUUAUAGCUUGUGCCAUUUUAUCUCUGUACGUAUGAAGACAGUCAGUUGCUCUUUGUUACUGUACUAGGAUGUUGUGUGUAUGUCUUAAGGAGUGAAAACUAUGAAACAAAUGGUCUUCAGUGUAAUCAAUGUUUUCUGUGUGUAUCUUGUGUCAAUGGCUAAAGACUACUUAAAUCAGUGGUUAAACCAUGUGUCAAGACAGUGAUAUGUGAGAGAGAGGAAGUAUCACAAAGCAACUGUACAGUCUUAGCCUAAUUUAUGAAAUCUACAACUCUUUAAUUUCUCAACCGCUUGCUUUUAAAUGUUUCUGAUCAGCUUUUGAAAUUCAGGGGACAUGGUAGUGAAUGUAUGAUAUUUUGUGCCUUUUUCUUUCCGUAGAUCUUUUUGUGUGCCAUUAAGUCUACAUAUAUUGUAUCUAAAUAUCAAAUAAAUUUCGC